AGAAGAAGAAUUUAGUGAUGGCUGGAGCCGAGCGGAGGACGACAACCUUCACUUUGGUCGGACUGGCUCUCAUGGGCGUCCAAUUCGGAGCUCUGGCCCGUCUCACAUGGUGGGAAUACAGCUGGGACAUUAUGGAGCCCAUCACGUACUUUGUCACCUACGGAACGUCCAUGGCUUGCUUCGCCUAUUACGUCCUCACUAAGCAGGAGUACAUUCUGCCCGAAGUUCGUGACCGCGAGUACUUGCUGCAGUUCCAUAAGAGAGCCAAGAAGGUGGGCAUGAACGUGGCCGAGUACAAUCGACUCCAGGAGAGCCUCGCCCAGGUUGAAAACGAUUUGAAGCGGCUGCGGGAUCCCCUGCGCGUUCACCAUCCGCCAGCCGGCGCCAAACUCUUCGAUCCAUCGGCGGCCGCUAUGGGCUCCUCUUCCGACCUCGUGUCGACGAGCCUCUGGAAUCGAACUCAACUCCGUCUACAAAAUCUUCUACGGACUUCCAAACAACCUUAACAUUUUCAACCAGAACAAAAACGAACAAAACGAAAAUGAGAAAACAAAAAUCAUGACGCAACAAAACAAUUACAGGUUCAAUUUCCUUCGAUUAGGUACAUUAUUAUUACAAAUUACCCCCCUCCCUCCCUAAUCUUUUACUUAACGCAGUAUUGUUAAUCAUGUUCAUUAGCGUUUAUAUAGGUGCUGAACUGUGCUGAACAUUGUUCUUUCUACUACAUUUCUCUCUUAUAACAAAAAACAAGAAAAUUAGUUUUUGGUUUAGCUAUUUUUUCGGUAGAGUCGAUUUGUCAUUGCUCCUCCUCCUCCUUCCAUACCGAAAUAAUGAUUGUUAUUAUUAUUACUCUUACUAACUAUAUUAUACCUUUCAUCUUCUUCCUUCUUUCUUUUCCUUUUUGACGAUUAUAAUUCAGCUGUGAUACACAAUCCAUGAAUGAUGA